AAGUCCGGGGAUCUAACCUCGCUUUUCCGACGCGCUGUCAGCUAGUGUUUAUCGCCGAGUUAUCUUCGUUAUCACUUUUGUGGGAAAAGAUUUAAGCCGUUGGGCUGUGGACAUGAUUGAGCGAUUUAUUUAACAAUUGAAGUGUCGCCAACAUGGAAGGCGAGGUGGGCAUUCAUCCUUUGAGCGAAAGCCCGACGGCUGCCUGGAAGGAGAUCAGCCAAACGCAGAAACUGAUCAAAAUCAAAGUGAAAAUACCGCAAAGUCCUGCGGAUGAGAACAAGCUGAGGUUUGUCUGCAUGAGCGACACGCACUCACUGGUCAGGAACAUCGUGUUUGAUGUACCAGAUGGGGAUGUUUUCAUCCAUGCUGGCGACUUUACCAAGUGCGGCCAAAAGGAGGAGGUCGUCGCCUUCAACAAUUGGAUAGGUUCCUUGCCGCAUAGACACAAAAUAGUGAUAGCUGGGAACCAUGAGCUGAGCUUCGAUGCAAAGUUUACGCACAUUUUCAAGAAAAAAUUCGCGCAUAAAGAGGUGGGAGAUGAGGUGGCACACUAUGGGAAAACCAAGGAUAAUAUCAGCGACGCCGUAAACACCGUGAACAUAAAACAAUUUCUGACAAACUGCACCUACCUAGAGGACUCGGGCAUUGAAAUUUGCGGCGUGAAAAUAUAUGGGAGCCCUUGGCAACCCGAGUUUGGAGACUGGGCUUUCAACUUGCCCCGCGGCUCUGAGUGUCUCUCAAAGUGGAACCUCAUUCCUUCCGAUACGGAUAUUCUCAUCACCCAUACGCCCCCUUUAGGGCACGGCGAUUUGGUGUGCUCGGGAGUGCGCGCUGGAUGUGUCGAGCUGCUCAACACAGUGCAAACCCGAGUCCAGCCCAAGUACCACGUUUUUGGCCACAUUCAUGAAGGAUACGGGGUCACUUCCGACGGAAAGAUCAUUUUCAUCAACGCCUCCACCUGUGAUAUUAACUAUAUUCCCAACAAUCUGCCCGUGGUCUUUGACAUGCCUCUCAAGCCCGGAUUUAGCAAGAGAAACUGAUUGCCUCUGCCAUGACAACACAUCUCCUCUAGUCGUUUUUUUUACUUGCUUUUUAUGUUGAAUAGUGUAGCAAUGAAAGACCCAGUUUAUCACAGUG